AAUCAAAAAAUAAUUUGAUAGCUAUAAUGACAACAUUAUAAAUAUGAUUUCAUCAGGAAUACAUUCAAACACAGAUCACGUUUAUGAAGUGUACAUUAUCUGACUGUGAGAGAUGUUACUGUCAAAUAGAUUUUUGUCAUUGGUAUUUUAUUAAAUCUUUUUCUGUAUUUGAACUAAACAGGACCUGAAAACAAAACCUUUUUAGAAUAAAUGAAUUCUGCAGCUUCUGUUCUGUUUAUUCUGGUUAAAACUAAAGCAAUCAGUUUUUCUUUCUCCGCUUUAUGACAGGAAUUACUACAAAUGUUAAUAAUGUUUGUCUUACAUAAUUUCUUAAGUAUUUUCUUUGGCAUUUACCAGCAGAAAAGGCAGAGUUUUAUUUUUAUGGCUCUAAAACACAUGGGUGGAUGUGUUUUUCCAGAACUAUCUGCAGAGGAGAUGUUUGCUGAGGUUCUCUGGGUUCUGCUCGGAUCGUUUGGUGAUGCUGACGUGUUCUGACGGUUCAGUCACGUCUCUGGUAACCUGAGUGUUUGGAAUGUGACAGUUUCUGUGUCACGCCUGGACGCUGUGACUUCACGAGUGUUCUCAUUCUCACUUGGAGAAGUAGCUGGACCGAAAGUGUUACGGUUUCAUCAGAGGUUUUCAUGGACCGAGUCCUGAUCCUCCUGACGUGUCUGAGCAUGGAUCAACCUCCUCACAUCAUCACCUGAUCCAGGUCUGGUUUGGCUGACGGACCUCAUGACGGGAUCGCAGACCAGCCUGCAGGGAAAAUUCCCGCCGUAGUUUCCCAGCAAACUGCAGGAAAAGUGUUGCAAGAGCCUCAGGUGUGACUUCACCUGAGCGCCUGACGAGGAACGCCCAUAUAAGGUGUUUGAGGAAGGUGUGGCUUUACAGCUGCAGGUGGAAGGUGAGCAGGAUCCGACCGCAGACAGACGCUUCACGGCAGCAGCCAUGCUGCAGCCCACCGGACACGCAGACCAGAACCGGGCCGUGGUGGUCUCCGUGGCCCGCUUCUACCCCGGAGUAUCGCUGACCAAGAGGCCCGGCGCCGAGAGGGACGCCAAGAAGAUCCACAAGACGCUCAGGAAGCUGGGCUUCAGGGUGAAGCUGCACAGCGACCUGAGCAGCGAAGAGAUCUACCAGGUGUUCCGUGAAGAGAGUGGGCGGGGCGUGAAGGACUGCUUCCUGGCCGUCCUGUCAUCUCACGGCGAGGAGGGCUGCGUGUUCGGCGCCGACGGCAUUCCGGUCCAGCUGUCCCGCAUCUUCACCUGCUUCAAGAACCCGACCAUGGACAGGAAGGCCAAGCUGUUCCUCAUCCAGGCCUGUCGAGGAGGCGAUCUGGACGACGGCGUGGAGGUGGACUCGGCUGGAGACGCGGCGGACGGCAGCUUCACGCAGUACCUGUCCGUCCCGGUAGACACGGCGGUGAUGUACGCCACCGCUCCAGGUUACGGCGCCAUCAUGAGUCCGCUGGGGUCCGUGUUCCUGCAGACCUUCUGCGCCCUGCUGGAGGACGAGGACCUGCGGCGGCUGGAGCUGACCCGCCUCCUGACCCGCCUCUCCCACCAGGUGGCCUUCACCUUCCAGGCCAGAGGUCGCCUCCUGGACGGGAAGAAGGCCAUGCCGUGUCUGCUGAGCCGGCUGACCAGGGAGGUCUUCCUGUUCGACUCCAGCAAAGACGCCGGGAUCUCCGCCAUGAUCGGCUCGGAGAACGGCAGGACGCGGACUCCGUCCAUCAGUUAGAGCUGCAGCAGGUUCUGGACAGUUCUGCUGACCUUCCUCCAGCAGCCCGUCAGAACCGGCGCUCUGCGGGUCUUUAGCUUCAGUUUGGGUUGAAUAUUUUCUGCAGGUUUGGUUUCUUUGGACUUCCGGUUUUCCUGUCGUGUUUUUGAGCUUGUCUUCAUCUGGACCUGACGGGUCCGGUGAGACCCGGUUCAUGCAGGUUCUGAGGCAGGUCCUGAGAUCCUCGUCUUGAACUCUGAGGGUGUUGGACCUCCAUCUGGGGUUCAGAGGAACCUCAGGGGGUCUGGACAGAACCUCGUGGACCUCCUGCUGACCGCCGGGCCAGACCGGCUGAAGGAGAGCAGGACGAGAGUCCACACAGAACUGGACCUGAAGUUCUUGUUUGGUUUGUGAAUGUACUGUCAGUUAUGUAAAUAUUUUCUUCAUAAAUGUGUUCAGAUUUGAUUAGCCGUCGUAAAUAAAGAUAAAAGCCUGAAAGGAAAGCAGCUUCCAGGAGCUGCAGAUCUCUUUAUCUGCUGAUACGGAGCAAAGAUCUGGAGGAGGUCGAUCCGUCAGCUCCGGACUCUGGACGGCUGUAAACGCUCCAGUCUGAGUCAGCUUCCACUUUCAGCCGCCGCCUCCAGAGGGCGCCACCAUCUACCGACUCCAGAGGGCGCCACCGUCCACCGACUCCAGAGGGCGCCACCGUCCACCGACUCCAGAGGGCGCCACCAUCCACCUUUGCCUCCAUCAGAGUUCAUCUCCCUCCUGAGGCUUCAGCUUCAUCUGGAAACAUCUGCUCACCUGUUCCUCACCUUUGGUCACAUGACCUAAAAAGCUCUGAAGCUGGGAGUAAUCAGAUUACUCUAUUCUCAGACUGGAACUUUCUCUGUAAAAAGUCUUGUUAAACUCAAACUAGCCCCGCCCACUGUGGUGUUCCUGCUGACCUCUUGGGGUCAAAUCAGGAUCGGCUUAAAGUGAACCAAAAAACGG